GCGCUGUUUGUUUGUGGCGGUAUCAUGCCGGUAUCCAACAUUGAUCCCAUCGGUGUCAUGUUUCUUCGCCCCUAAUCCUUUUCAUUCGUAAAACGGCUAAAAGACCGGCUGUUUUAUGUUAUUGUUUGUAGUAGGUUAUGACGCUUAACAUCGUGAAUGCCUUAGUGAUUUUAUUAGUUUAUGAAGUCAACUACUGAAUCUUUUGUUCCAUAUAUUUUUGUCGUGUUAAUAUGGAAUGAAUGUUGUACCACGUUUGUGAUGUCAUACAUUCCAGUAUAACGAUACGAUAAUUAACUCACUUAGUCCUCUGAGAACGUAGAAUGACCAAACCAACUCUUGAGAUAGUGGUAAGUUGAUCAUCCUUUUUGCACUGUAUGGUGUAGGCAACAAGAACACAAAAAGAUUGUAUGCUCGGGGCAAACCUUUUUUCACUGCCAACUCAAUAUCAGAUGUUUUCAGGAUUCUGAUACGUGUCUAAAUUUAUUCGCCGAGAACCACUUACUCAAUGUCAAUUUUUCUUGUGGUAUACUAAACACAAUAAACCUAGCAGUGCAUGUUCAGGAAUAAUUAACUGCACAUUAAAUUCGAGUAAAUUUGGACUUCAUUUUGCUCAACAUCGGCAACGGUAAAAAUUAUUGAAUGUUUUCUAAAACUACCCAAGCUCCCAACUUUGGGAAAUCUCCAGAGUUUGGGGAAAAACCCUAGGUCUGUGGAAAUCUUGGAGUUUUUGUGCCAUUUCCCCAAAGUUUACUAUAGCGGCUUCCCCAAAAUUGGUAGCUUGUGUAGGUACAACAUGGGCCCUUCAGAAAAUAUCAGGAUAUUGUCUGGAUACUUAUUUCGAAUGAUUUAUACUAGAAUUUGGACAAAAACACUGCUUAUGACCCGACGGUUCUUUGAUUUGUUUCUCGUACCUGUUUUCAAGACAAGACCCUGUGUGGUGUUUUUUUGUUGCUUUACCCUGGGUUAUGAGUAGAUCAAAACUUAUUCUUAAGAGGUCUGUAAUGAAAUUCAGUAGUUCCUUUGGUAACCUAAGAUAUAUUUCAUAGGGUCUCGCUGAUUUACUAACACUUGACUAAUUUGUUGGACCAAAUAAAUUCAGUUCCUUAAUAGUCACUUUCGGGUAUGAAUAGGGGGAUCAAUAUGAACCAAAUAAGCGUCUCUACUGUACAUGCCCUGCUAAGGUAGUCAGAGCUCUAUCAUCUUGCACUAGUAUCGUAAUACUAUUAUCUCCAUAUGAUUUGGGGAUGUCGCAUAUCCUCUCAUUGCUUUAGUUUACGUGUAAAUACGUAUGUGAUGGGCAUUCUGAAUUUGAGAGCGGUUGAAAAAGGCACUCUGAACUUCCUAAUAUCGAGAUUUUGUUUCAUUAUAACCUAAUAGCCUAAAUCACCCUCACGUUCUUUUCCCUUAUAAAGUAGGUUAAAAACUUCCUUAGUGAACCAUGGUGAGCAGCUCCUUGAUGCAGUACAAGGGACGUGCAGUGCUGUGAACAAAUACCCGAAUACCUCCCAAGCUGGUGCGAACUGUGAGUGCAUUAUUCCCUGAAUUUUUGCUUUAAAAACGUUUGGUCUAGUUUCAGCAGACGCAACAGUUUUGACAACCGUAUGGAAAGAAAAGAUUUGGAUUGCAGGUUCACUCAUCUUAAAUUAGCAUACUGUCGGGGUUUGACAAUCCAUCCACAUAACGAAUCAAUAUGAGAUUUAGUGAAGGUGAUCCAGAGUCCGGGUCGCGCCUGUUUACUUCCUUGAAAUGUCACACUAGUGCACAUGUAAUCACUGUUCCAUCCAGUUCCUGUUUGAAGAAAUUUUAUAAUGACUCCACACUUCAAUUUUCCUAGUCUGCAGUAGGUUCAAUAAUGUCCUCCAAAAUUCAACAUCGAUUAUUCGAAGACCAAACACUGAAUUCGUUUAGCAAGACUUCAUUCACCUCAAAGUUUAGACUGCGGUAAAACAAACCAAUCAGCAGCUCAUUUCACUUGCAUCUCAAACAGCAACUGAUUCAGGGAUAGUAUUUCUGAUGAACAAAGCCACUCCUCUAUCAUUACAUUUCUGGGUUCUGUCAUAUUUCAGUGGAGUGAAAUUUUCCGAACCAAGUUCCCUAUUGACUGAUGAUCGAGCCAACCAAGCUUCCGUCAAAAAUUAUACAUGAUCAUACAUAAUCUGACUAUACGUCAAGAUCCAAUCGCUUGUUAAGUAAGUGCUGAUUAUUUCUGUCACAUAUUCAAAGAUCGCUUAUAUAGCUUCGCGUUACGCCUAAAGUGGGUUCGGCAUCAUUCUCUUUCGAAGUUACACCACCUGAAAAUUAGAAUUGCUAGUAUUCUGUUCCUGAACACCUGAUCUUGGAUUUGUUUCAUUGUCAGCUUCCCGGUUUUCGACAAGCCUUGACGAACAGAAUUUCUUGAUUCUUGUAGUUUAUAGCCAUUCUCUAGUGUUGAUUCAACUUCAUUUGGGAGAUUUAAAUACCAACUGCAGAAGUUUGUUUCGACUUUUUCACAUUUGUUUGACUGCCUUGUCUUUAAAAUUUCAGUGAGGUGACCUCAGAAAUAUUUUGAGGCGUUAGCCGGUCAAGUGGAAUUUUUAUUCCCCCAACGUCAUGAUCGAGACGAGUUCUGGGCGUAGAACUUUCUCUGACUCUAUGGGAAGUAAGUAACCUGUCACUUUUAUCAACCUUAGAUUUCUUAACUACAAUUAGAAAAACCGGCUUUCCAUUUACGAUAUUUGAUUUAACAACGGAAUUAGGGUCUUUUGAUUCUACAAGAUUACGAUUAUAUUCAAUGUACCCAUGUUUUUUUACUCGUGUGCUAUAGUUAACUAUGGUUUUACAUUAGAUUUUCGGUGGAUUAUUCUGUGACUCUCAAUGAGAGCUUACUAAAAGCCUGUCAAUGAAGUGUGCGCUGUUUGUGAGAGUGGUCGUUCUCUUUACUCGCGACAGCCAUAUCAGAACUAUUUGAAACUGACAGUACAAUAUUAGUCUUGACCACCGACACCAUAUAAUAUUUCACCCUCCGUCUCUUUUGCAGUAGGCUGUUUAGGUAUUUCUGUACCUCCACUUACAAGGUCGUACUCGAACAGUGAAAUAUACGGAGCUAAUGGGAGUAAGGUUUUAAGAAUCACUUGUGUGUAAUAAGUUCCUAACGAGUAUGUGUUUUGUGGAACCAGUUGUUCAACCCAUCACACUUCACUCCUUAACAGAAAACGAACAGUUCGGUUGUCCAUAUAUAAAUAAUACACUCAACCAGUGUAAAAACUUAACAUCACAAAUUCACUAAUAUACAACCAUCGAGUAAUAAAAUAGCAUGAAAUGCUGCAAAUUGUAGUGAAAAAACAGACAAAAUAAAAAGUUGCUAGCAGGCGUGAGAUUCGACCAAAAAUGGGUUAUCAAAAAAUGAAUUUGAGAAAAAUCUCAAGCUUCAAUCGCAACAGUUCAAUGUAAAGUAGACCAAUUAUGGUUUUGAUGCAAUAAACACAAAAGCAAUGUAAAUUUAUGACAAGUUUGAAAACGUCUACUACAUUUAUAACAUGCACUUGAAAAGUAACUAAAAUUCCAAGCUGACUUACGUAAUAUUUUUGUUAGUUCCCGACAGCUAUCUUCAAAUGCUGUAUCAUUACUGAGUAUUCAGCCUAUUUCUUAUUAUUUCCAUAUCAUCCUUACUCUGACACUGCUUUUCUCAUUUAGGCGUAAAUUGUCUUUAGGCCAGAUGAAAACCCAUUAAAAGUGUACCGUAAAAUGCUGAUUAGAAUGUAAAUGACAGUGCAGUGUUCGAAAAACACUAUUACUUGUAGUAGUGUUUGCAUGACAAAAUCACCCUUUAGUAUUUGUAAACAAUAAAUACGAUAAAAUACCCGUGCAUACAACGUCAUUUUACAUUUUUAGGCCCGGAUAUUGUUUAGACAAGGCAUUUGCGAAAAAAGGUGUGUUUGUAUUUAUAUGGAGCAGUCGAACGAUAUUUUGCCUAAGUUACCUGAAUCUCAUUCUUGUGUCGUUUCAUGAUUCUUGUUUACUUUCCUUUUCAAUAAUUAGUGCUCGAUGAGUUGUUGACUCACAUUUUCUGUUGUUUUUUUUUCUGUUCCGUAUUUCUCAUUACUGUUCACACUCCCCCAGUGCAUGAGUUACUUUCAGGCUAAACGCAAACCUACAUGGGUUGGGAGAUAUACUGAAUUGAACAUUAUAGCGCACCACCAAUAUGCCCUUCAUGCCAUAUUCGAGUUUAUUAGAGAUUCAACAAUUCUCUUUCCUGUCAUAUAUGAAAUCUCGAUCUUGGAUCAUGAUUAAUUGGCUCAUGACUAACGCAAUUCUAUGGUUCACUCACGUGAACAUUUUUCAGUCAGACAGUCAAAGUUAGUGCUUUGACAUCAGCGAAUAGUUAAUUUGUCAAAUCAAUUUGGUAUUUUUAUGACAAGCCAUGAUCAGUGGGUCACCACUCAUUCAGUUAUUUGUCUUUUAUUGGAAUUGCCGCUUGUGGAGCUCAUCCCUUUUGGAAAGGCAAAUGUUUCACAUACCUUCAGCUACACUAACAAAUGUGGUAUACGGAAAAAUUGGCAGAUUUUGGUAAGUAUUUUUCGUGUUGUGAUGACCUCGUAGGUGCCAUAUGAAGCUUCAAUCUCUGAUUGGAAGCUGUUGUUAUUAUUUGAAUCUGAAUAAACAAAUAGCUUCUUUCUCUUUUCUAGGCUGAGGAACCAUGGGCUAUCGUUUGUUUUAAAAGACUAUCCUUACGAGUUGCGUAUGUAUUUUAACUAUGAUAUUUUCCAUAUAAAUAUAUGUAAAUAAU